AUCCCUCCUGUAUACUACCUUGAUGUGUGGCAUUUGCACCGUGCGAUUGUCCACGACUUCUUCGCAUUCAGUAGUGAUCGCAUAGAUACGCAUACGCGCAUGGCCGAUUCAGACCCAAACAAUGCUAUCCACGAUGAUGCCCCUACGGGUGAAGACUCGAUACUCUCGCCACGAGGUAUCGAAGCUUUCACCCGAAAGGUGACCACAACGGCGAGUCAUCUAGUAGGACCCGGGUCGGACCCGUCCGGGAAUCAUUAUCAUAACGCCAUGGCUCAAGUACAUAAACAAUUAAAAAAGCCCGGUAUCCAACGAGGCAUGUUUACCAUGGCUAGGACGACCCCGACCGACCUAGUUCGCUCCAAGUUCUCUACUUCCGAAAUUCAAUCCCGCGCCCUAUCCUACCUCCCCGAUAAUAUGCUACAAGAUUUACCAGAAAAUGAUAAUGCAUACUCUUUAUUCCAAGGUUUUCAAGCGAGUUUUCCCGAAUUAUCACACAAUGACAAGAAACACCGGAGACGUGUGUCGAGAGGGAGGAAAAUGCUCGAGGAAAUUCCGUCGUCGCCAGAUAAUCCACACCAUCUUCACAAGUUAAAAAAGGAACGGUCUUCACUUAUGCACGAACUCGAAAUGCUUGGAAUUCGAAAAAAUAUGGCAAGCAGCGAGAUUCGCGAAAUAGAUAAUAAGAUCGCCAACCUUGCUGGCAUGAGACGUAUUAUUCUUGAGAGAUUAGCGGGUUUGGAACAAGAGGAGGCUUUAUUAGAACACGAUAUUGUAGAUAUGGAAGGCCGGAUAGAGGAUGCCCAAGUCCUCGUCGAUGAGGCUGAAUCAAUAGCUGCUGCUGCUGAUACACCAGACAAAUCGGACGAUGACGACUUAGUAACGGAUCAGGAUGCGGACGAGUUUAUGUCAAAGUCUAUUUAUGAGAAGCUUCCAUCUACUACAAGCGCCCCAUCAAAGAGGAAACACAAAACCAUGAAACGAAAAUCGAUGCCUAUAUUACACGAACAUUUUGAACCGGGGUUUAUGAUUCGGGAAAUCAAAGCUCAUGCGGAUAAUAUUACGGCGGUAGAUUUCGAUGUACCUUUUGGUACCAUGGUUUCGGCUUCUAUGGAUGAUUCUGUUAAGGUUUGGGACUUGAACGCGGGACGUUGUAUCGGAGUACUCGAAGGUCAUACAGCUUCAGUACGGACUCUCCAAGUAAAUGAUAAUAUUCUCGCUACAGGUUCUAUGGACGCUACUAUUCGAUUAUGGGAUUUAAGCAGGGCACAUUACGAUCCGCAAGGUAGCCAAUUCGGAAGGGAUGACGAGGACGACGAUGGUAUGGCUUUUGAGAACCCCGACGAUCAACCGGUAGACCCUCCCGCAGGUAGUAUGUCGGACUGUCCACUGUUUACGCUAGAAUCCCACAUGGACGAAAUUACAGCUCUUCACUUCAGGGGCGACGUUCUCGUCUCGGGUUCGGCGGACAAGACACUUCGGCAAUGGGAUCUGGUAAAGGGACGGUGUGUACAAACGCUCGACGUAAUGUGGGCGGCGGCACAAGCUUCUGUUUCUAUCGGUACAGGGGAGGGGACUUGGAGACAAACCAACCGACCCCCGACAAGGUCAGCUGACUUUGUGGGCGCGUUGCAAGUUUUUGAGUCGGCACUCGCCUGUGGUACAGCUGAUGGAAUGGUUAGGUUAUGGGAUUUAAGGAGUGGCCAGGUUCAUCGUAGUCUUGUCGGACAUACCGGACCGGUGACUUGCCUGCAAUUUGACGACAUGCAUCUUGUGACGGGAAGCUUGGACCGAAGUAUACGGAUAUGGGAUCUACGUACUGGAUCUAUAUUCGAUGCUUACGCGUACGACAAUCCUGUCACAAGCAUGAUGUUCGAUGGCCGACGUAUUGUCAGCGCAGCCGGGGAGGACGUGGUCAAGGUAUACGACAAGAUGGAGUCGCGGCAAUGGGACUGCGGCGCGGGUAUCACGGAGGCGGAGGGUGGUAGGACGCCGGCCAUUGUCGAGCAUGUCCGCAUCAAGGACGGCUACUUGAUUGAGGGACGCCGCGAUGGUAUUGUAGGCGCUUGGGCGUGCUAGACUUGGUACUUGGAUAGAGCUAUGUAUCGAGUUGCCCUCUAGCAUAGCAUACGAUUGAUUGUAUAUAUGUGAAUUUUGACGAGCCGGCACGUUCACGUCUGAGUAUACCCUAUCUUUCAUUUUAGUUAUUGGAUGCCUGCCUUGUAAUAGUUU